CCACAGGCUCGCUGGCUGCCCCAUCAUCACCAGCCGCUCCUCUACUCCUCCUCCCUCCUCCCAUUCCAAAACCUGCAGGCGGGCUGCUCUUCGUCGUGACUUGUCUUUCAUCGCCACGAACGCAAAGCCGCACUAUCCGCCCAAGAUGAAGACGACGUGGAAGGACAUCCCCCCGGUGCCCACGCAGCAGGAGUUCCUCGACAUCGUGCUGAGCCGCACCCAGCGCAAGCUGCCCACCCAGAUCCGCGCCGGCUUCCAAAUCAGCAGAAUUCGAGCCUUCUACACCCGCAAGGUCAAGUUCACCCAGGAGACCUUCUCCGAGAAGCUGGGCGCCAUCCUCGAGACCUUCCCCCGUCUCCAGGACAUCCACCCCUUCCACAAGGAUCUGCUCAACACCCUCUACGAUGCCGACCACUUCCGCAUCGCCCUCGGCCAGCUGUCGACCGCCAAGCACCUGAUCGAGACCAUCUCCCGCGACUAUGUCCGCCUCCUCAAGUACGGCCAGUCGCUCUUCCAAUGCAAGCAGCUCAAAAAGGCCGGCCUGGGCCGCAUGGCCACCAUCGUCAAGCGCCUCAAGGACCCCCUGCUCUAUCUCGACCAGGUCCGCCAGCAUCUCGGUCGCCUGCCCUCCAUCGACCCCAACACCCGCACCCUGCUCAUCUGCGGCUACCCCAACGUCGGCAAGUCCAGUUUCCUGCGCAGCAUCACCCGCGCCGACGUUGAUGUCCAGCCGUACGCCUUCACAACCAAGUCUUUGUUCGUCGGCCACUUCGACUACAAGUACCUGCGCUUCCAGGCCAUUGACACCCCCGGUAUCCUCGACCACCCGCUCGAGGAGAUGAACACCAUCGAGAUGCAGAGCAUCACUGCCAUUGCCCACUUGCGGUCGGCCAUUCUCUACUUUAUGGAUCUGUCUGAGCAGUGCGGCUACACGGUCCAGGCCCAGAUCCAGCUCUUCCGCAGCAUCAAGCCCCUCUUCUCCAACAAGCUCGUUUUCCUCGUUGUCAACAAGAUCGACGUCACCCGCCCUGAGGAUCUGAGCCCGGACGUCCAGGCCGAGCUGCAGACUCUCCUCAAGUCCGGCGAGGUCGAGAUGCUCCAGCUGUCCUGCAACACGCAAGAGGGCGUUCAGGACGUCAAGAACGCCGCCUGCGAGCGUCUCAUCGCCGAUCGAGUCAACCAGAAGCUCAAGGCCGGCACCUCCAACAGCGGUGAGGUCGGCGGUCGUCUCGCCGACGUCAUGGCUCGCAUCCACGUCGCCCAGCCCAUGGGCGGCCAGAAGCUCGAGACCUUCAUCCCCGAGGGCAUCAAGUCGAGGAAGAAGUACGACAAGGAGGACCCCGAGCGCCGCAGAUUAGCCAGGGACGUCCAGGACGAGAACGGUGGCGCCGGCGUCUACAACGUCGACAUGUGCGCCGACUACAUGCUCAAGAACGACGAGUGGAAGUACGACAAGAUUCCCGAAAUUUUUGACGGCCAAAACGUCUACGACUUCAUCGACCCCGACAUCGAGGCCAAGCUCCAGGCGCUGGAAGAGGAGGAGGAGAAGCUGGAGAAGGAGGGCUAUUACGACUCGGACGAGGAGAUUGACGACGAUGACGAGGCCGAGAUCAUGCAAAAGGCCGAGAUCAUCCGCGAGAAGCAGCAGCUGAUCCGCAACGAGGCCCGCAUGAAGAAGAAGCUCAAGAACCAGGCCAUCAUUCCCCGCAAGGCCCUGAAGAAGAACUACUCAGAGCUCGAGGACGCCCUCGACCAGCUCGGCGUGGACACGACCAACCUGGCCGAGCGUGCUCAGCCCCGGGCCCGCAGCCGCGGCCGCUCCAUGACGCGCAGCCGGCUGGGCACCGAGGAUGCCAUGGACGUCGACGCCAAGCCCCGCGACCGCCUGCGCUCCAUGAGCCGCGCUCCCACUACGAACCGCCGCGACGACGGCGUCCAGGACGAGGCGUCGCGGACAAAGGCCGAGCGCCUGGCCAAGCUGCACCAGAAGAAGAUGAACCGCAUGGCCCGGCAGGGCGAGGCCGACAGGCACCAGACCGCCUCUAUCAUCAAGCACUUGUCUUCUGGCAAGCGCGGCAUGGGCAAGACUUCAAGACGAUAGACGAGUACGGCGGUGUUUUUUCCUGUCUUCCCCAGCUAUUGUCUUUGCUCGUCUCACGAAAAAGCGACGUCUGUUCCAUACUCUCCCCCACCAGCUUCUGCCCCUUCACUGCCGGGUCUUUUCUAUCUGUACCCAUUGCGGCGUAGGCAGGCAUUGGGUGGGAAAUUUUCCAGGUCGUGUCUUCCUCUUGGUCCUUUUGGCUCUCUGGGGGUUCUUCCCUCCGCCUUCCACACCUACUACGUACGACUGUUGCUUUUCACGUGUCCUCGUCAUUGUCAUCUUCCAUCACAUCGUCAACUUGGCUGCGGGAGUUGGAGGCGCACGCGGGUUUUUUGUGGCUGCUGCAUGGUUUCCAUUUCGGGACUGGGGUGGGCGGCCUUGGUAGCAAAAACAAGUUGCUAGUUGAAGGCUGGCAUGGCAAGCAAGAGAAGGGAAAUAGAUGCCAUGUUGUCUCCGCGAGAGAAAGAAUAGGGCACUGCCCGGUUGUGAGAGUUAUGCGAUGCGACGUGGAGGUGGGGGAUACCUGCAUCUACAAAGUAACUAGACGUCAAGCAUCUCGAGCGUGGAAAGAAUCAGAGUGGGUAAACUAGUCCUGGCUGGUUGCCGGUAGUUGAGGGACCACCCUCGUAACGCCCGCCUAGCCUCGCUGUCUGGCAAUUGACUAUAAU